AAAAGGGAUGUUGGCCCUACUGCACGGCGCGAAAAAGAUCUCUUCACCGUCCACCUUCCGCGUUCCGUCCCGCCGCCCUUCUCCCCGGUCUCCGCUCCUGCGCCCAGCGGGAGCGAGCAGCAGCAGAAGCCGCCAGGGUCCUGAGGAGCCGCCGCGGGGACGCGCUCCCGCCGCCCCCGGCUCUGCCGCAGCCGCCGCCCGGGCCGAGGGGCCGCCCGCCAGCAAAGAUGCUGAGCUUUUUCCGUCGAACCCUUGGACGGCGGUCGAUGCGUAAGCAUGCGGAGAAGGAACGGCUCAGAGAGGCCCAGAGAGCUGCAACCCACAUUCCUGCAGCUGGGGACGCAAAGUCCAUCAUUACUUGCCGGGUAGCGCUGCUGGAUGGAACAGAUGUCAGCGUGGACUUGCCGAAAAAAGCCAAAGGCCAGCUCCUGUUUGAACAGAUCAUGUAUCAUCUGGACCUUAUAGAAAGUGACUACUUUGGAUUAAGGUUCAUGGAUUCUGCACAAGUGGCGCAUUGGUUGGACAACACAAAAAGCAUUAAAAAGCAAGUUAAAAUUGGCCCACCAUAUUGUCUUCAUUUUCGCGUAAAGUUUUACUCAUCAGAGCCCAACAAUCUACGUGAAGAGCUAACAAGGUAUUUAUUUGUACUGCAGCUGAAACUGGAUAUUCUUAGUGGAAAAUUGGAAUGUCCUUUUGACACAGCCGUCCAGUUGGCAGCUUAUAACAUGCAAGCUGAGCUUGGAGACUACGAUCCUGCUGAGCAUGUCCCUGAACUGGUGUCUGAGUUCAGGUUUGUUCCCACUCAGACUGAAGAGAUGGAGCUGGCCAUUUUUGAGAAGUGGAAGGAAUGCAGGGGGCAAACACCAGCACAGGCUGAAACUAACUACUUAAACAAAGCGAAGUGGCUGGAAAUGUAUGGUGUAGACAUGCACAUAGUCAAGGCAAGAGAUGGCAAUGAUUACAGCCUGGGACUAACACCUACAGGAGUUCUUGUCUUUGAAGGAGACACAAAGAUUGGAUUGUUUUUCUGGCCAAAGAUAACAAGGCUCGACUUCAAGAAAAACAAACUCACUCUGGUUGUUGUUGAAGAUGAUGAACAGGGAAAGGAGCAGGAACACACUUUUGUCUUUAGACUGGAUCAUCCCAAAGCCUGCAAACACUUAUGGAAAUGUGCAGUGGAACAUCACGCCUUCUUCCGGCUCCGAGGGCCUGUCCAAAAAAGCUCAAGUCGAUCAGGCUUCAUUCGGUUGGGAUCCCGGUUCCGAUACAGUGGGAAAACAGAGUAUCAAACCACCAAGACCAACAAAGCCAGGAGAUCAGCAUCCUUUGAAAGGAGGCCCAGCAAGCGGUACUCAAGACGAGCACUACAAAUGAAAGCACAUUCUGCUAAACUUGAAGAAACAAGUACUGCGAACAAUGCUGUUGUCAGCCAAACUAAUGGCUCACAGGUCUGGAAUGCAAAGCCAAACCUACCUGUUCUAACAGCGGUUCCUACUGCCCCGGUCUUAGUAGAAAUAGAAAACCUCCCAAGGAGCCCAGGAACCAGCCAGCAAGACAAGAAGUGUGUACCCCUUGUUGAUCUGCUAGACAGCACAGAGCUGCCAGAAACUUGUGUUGAUGAUGCCGCGGGCCGUCCAGUCGUUGGCUUGGCAACGGGAGAUUCGGAAGAGGCUGUUAGUUGCCCUCAUCCUGGCACAAAGGAAGCUGCUGCUGAAAAAGCAGACUCUGAUCCAUUCGAAGACACAUUCCUAAAGCUGAGACAGCAGCUGGAGACAGAGCGCAACAGCCCGGUGCCAGCUGAGCGUCCCAACAUAAACAUAAACAUGCAGGAUGAAGUGGUAAAGUUGACAGAUAAAUGUCUUAAGAAUGCAAUUGAGAGCCCAGUCGCAGCAGCAACGUGGCUUCCAGCAGAUAUGAAAAGCAAUAUCCUGAAGGCCCAGGCAGAAGCAGGGCACAAGGUCAUAAGAGAAGACAGCCUGACAGGUGUCAAGAAUUCCAAUAUUCAGGAUGCUGCUGCCAGGAACAUUCUCCCAUUAGGGAAAACACAGAGUAGUUCCCCAGCAACCAGUCCAGUAUUUCAAGACCCGAGAGAGCUGCUGAAAGCAAUCCCUGCCUCAAACACCUUUGUUCUGAAUGCAUUAAAUGAGGACAAGGCUGCCUCUAACCAUGAGGACCUGCUGAUUCCAGCUAAUCUGGCUCCAGCUGAGGAAGCUGCUGUUUCAAAGAGCACUCCAGAUGACCAGGACGUUUCCUUUACAUCAUUGACAGAGAAUCUAAUUGACUUUACAGAAGCCACACCUCGGGUGUCUUCCCAGCCCAUGAUUACACCGAGGUGGUUAGUGCCAACUGGACUGAUUUCCAAUGGGCCUUUGGGAAAUGACGUUGCCUUGGCCCUGAAGGCAGAGAGAGGCAGCACGGAGGUUCUGUUGGCGGCAGCGGGUUUGCCACCAUCCCAGCAGACGGCUGAUGUCCCUGCGAGCCCAGUUACUGAGGAUGCUACAGGAAGAACAAAAUGUUUACUCACCACUGAACUCUAGAAGGAGGAGUUUCUGCACCUUCCCACCUUGUAAAAACUCAAAUCUUCUAACAUAUCUUCAAGGGAUCCUUCCAAAAGACUUGCUUGGGAUCAAACUCGUGCUGAAUGGGAAUCAAACAGCCAGCUGGUUUGUUAAGAGACUUCUACGUUUAUUGCAAUCUAACUGGAAUUACAGCCUAAACUGGGAUAUAAAACCACAUGCAGGUUUGAUCUUCUCCCUCAAGAGGAGGGAAAUCCCACACUGGAGCUGGUUCUGAACAUGAAGAAAAUAAUCUAGUUGUGUUCCACUCACACUGGGUUUAGUUUUACGUACCCUGUGCUGCCUCUCGAGUGGUAACGAGAAGUGUUCACUGUGACAUUGGCUGUUCAGAGUCUGAGCAUCCUGUCCCUGACCUGUGUAGGUGAACACUGGAACCAUGAGGAGGACUCGUAGGGCCACCUCGUGGCCACACUGUGGAUGGGGGCUCACAGUGGUGACUGUUUCAUACGGCCAAGCACAUUUGCUUCUAUGUGAUUGUUCCCUCUCUUUCCUUUGUUUUACCAACACAUACUCUCCUUUUUGGCCUUAAACCCCUUAAUAAUCCUUGCACCUCCUGUUAGAGUACCUGGAAAAAAUGAAAAUCUAGUUAAUCCGUGACCAACUACGGGGACUGGAUUUGAGCUGCUCAUUGUAACUAGGAAAAGGAAAAUUAACCUGCCAAACAGCUCACAGCAUUAGCUCACUACGGCAGAGGUCCCACAUUUUGCAACUGAUUAUUUCAUUUCCUGUACAACUGAAGUACAUGCAUUUUAGGUUAGAUAUAUGUACGUUUUAAAUGCUGAAGUAGUGAAGGUGUGAGUACAGCUUACUUCAGGAGCUGCUUAUUUGUUAGUUUUGUUGUCAUACAGGGCUAGGAAGGAAAAUAAUGUUCUUGUUUCUGUUUGUACUGUUUCUGGUUGUCGUUUCCAGAUGCCGUGCUUUGGGAAUACUUAUUGGGUAUGUUAGCAGCAUGAGGGUACAACUAGCUCACUUCUUAACACCACCUCAGAUCCUGUUCUAAUUGUCAUCUAAUAGUCAUACGUAGAACAAAGAAUAGAAUAAUGUGAAAACAGGGAAAAGAGUAUGAAAAGUUCCUGUAAGCAGUUCACUUCUUUGCAGAAGGAAGGUAGGAGCUCUUGCAAGAGCAUGCUCCAUGGAGCCUGUGAAGGCCAGCUGGUGCUCAGGUGAAGUACAGGAUACAAUUUCUGUUAUAAGAGAUCAUUUGGGUCCUGGGCAGCAGGAUCCUCAUGUAGACAUGCAGAGGUGAGCAUGUGGGUAUGCAGCCUGAGAAUAAGGUCAGUGCAGAAUCAGAGGGACAAGAAACAUAGAAGCCCAACGAUGACCCUGCAUGUCCAAGCAGGGAAGCACAGAUGAAACAAUUUGGAUCAGUCUUUCUUAGGAAGAGGUUUGUACAUACGACUGGGGUUGGAGGAUGUUUUCUGGAUAGUGCUUCUGUUUGUAAAUAUUUCUAUACACCUGGUUCUUAGAAACAAUUUUAAAUGUGAAAGUCCAUUCUGAAACCUGUAUGCACAACUUCUUUGUUGCACACUGGCUGUGUGCAUGUCUGUCGGUGUUGACAGAGAUUUGGACCAAACCACUGUGGGUUGUGCAAGUGAGUUGGUGCCUGACUGGGCUCUUCUUUCAGACCAGGGUGUGUCUGUCAGACUGGGGCGUUCUCUGUGCUGCUCCUGUGCUCUUGUUUGCAGGACGCUGAAUGACAGUGUUGAGGAAGAAGCCACGUGGCAUUUAGAUGGCCAACUACCGCUCCUCAAAUCCCCCGAGGCCUUAAUAGAGAAACACAAAAACCAUGGGAAACUCUUUGGGCAGACAUACCAGAGCGACUCUGCAGUCAGUGAGUUGCAGCCAUUGCCUCAAGAAUCAGGAGUCAGAAUUGGUGUCGGGCACUUCCCCUGCUCUGGCUGGCGCCUGAAGCCCCGGGCGGGCACGUUCCCGCUCCUCCCGCUGCCAGCCCUGGGGGCUGCUGUCUGUGACCAGGCAAGGUGUUUGCUCACCAGCCGUACAGCUCUGUUGUUGGCAAUUCCAGUUGAGUAUUGGCUUUUUUUUUUUUAAUACUUUUAAGUCUGAGCCUUAUUGCAUAUUAAAACAUAGAAGGUUCCCGAUUCAAAUACCAAAUGUCUUAGUUUGGAUUACUAACACAGUUGCCAGCAAAGUUCCUGCAGCAAAAGGGAAGCUCUGGCUUCCCGCUAGUACAAAGCUGGGGCUGCGCGGGGAAACUUGGCACGUGUUGCUGAUGUGUUUGCUCAGCAGCCAAGCUGGCGUUCGCCAGCUCCAUGUGUUGGGUUUGUAAAUAGACAGAAUGCAGGAGCAUUUUCUGUGAGGCAUGUUUGAUAUUUGACUCUUCCCAUUAAGUUCAGGAGGUCUGUGAUCUGUUAGCUUGAAUCCCUCGCAAAAGUAGAAUCACAGAAGUUUUUCAGUAUUGCGUGUUGAAUACCAUCCUUCGAUUCCCCCUGAGCACUCAUGUGCAUCAAAUAACAAGUAAAUAACGUGUGGCGAGUGGGUCCUCUUAAAAUCUAAACAGUUCCAGGUAGCCAGCUGUUAAUUUAGCACAGCUGGGGUGGUGGCGAUUGGAGGGGUAUGUUAUAUUUACACACAUGUGCCACACACAAAAAUUUCAAAGGGGCACGGUUUUCCUCCAUUUUCAGAGGACUUGAAACUUUGAAAUUUCACAUUUUCAACUGCUAAAUUGGGGACUUAUGUUUUCUGUUAGAUUUGGGACUGCAAACCCAACUCUUUCCAGUGAUAUUUGAUAGUUCAAGCAAAUACCCACUCCAUUUAACUUAGUGUAGCUUAUUUAGCUAUUCCAAAUCAGUGUUCAGAUAUGGAGCCUGGUGAGACUCAGGUGCCUCAGUUAUGUGAUCCCAACAGUGGGUAUCCGAACAUCCUGGAGUUUGGCAUCACCGUUUUACUUUAAAACUACAGGUGUCACUUUGUGUCAUGACUGGCUAACAGGUAGUGUAGCCUUAUUCAUCACCUGCAUUUUAUCAAACGCAAAUAGGUAUAAUAGUUCCUACAGCUGGUGUUAUAAUGUAUUAAUGCCUGUGUGCCACUGAGAAAAAGGGAUUCUCUUACCAUUGCUAGACCAUUGAUUGAUUGGCUGUAAGGUCCAAUUAUCCUCUCAGAGUUUAUUUUUUGGUAUUUAUUUAAAGAGAUUUAAAAAUUUCUAUGUGAAUCUGGUGCUGGGAUGUUGGCAGAUCUGCCAACCACUUGAACACUUUAAGAGUUGACAGGAAUGAAUAAAUGCCUGUUCUCUUGCAGUCAUUUGGAAAAAGUCAGCUCCCUGGUUUAAGAACAAAAAGUAGUUCAAUUUUUGUUCCUAACAGAGUUAUCCCCCCUUGACUUACUAACGCCUGUCCCAGCCCGUCUUCAGUAACGGCCUCAUAGCUGUCUGCUGUGUGCACAAGCAGUGCAGAUCAGAGAUGGAGGCUUUUAAACUCUGUAAUUAAAAAAUGCUGAACUAAAACCGAAAGUGGGUGGUUCUAAAAAUAAAAGUGAUUUUUCUCCAGUCACAUUCCAUAAGUGACUGGAGUAAAAGAUUUUAUGGAAAUCUUAACAUUUAUAAUAACAAAAAGCCCCACCCUGUAUCUCAAACUGAUGAAUCUUAGAACAGCGUUUCAGUUUCACCUAUGGGCUGUAACAGGAUGAGACCAGAGAACGCGUGUGCUGAGCACGUGGUGAUGGUCUUAGAAGAUUUUUAAAUCGGCAUGAGAAUGUGAGAGUUCAGGGCCUCAUGUGCUUGAAUUAAGGGAAUCCCUACUUCAGUGGUAAUGGGAUCUAAUACUGGGAAGUCAUAUGACAUAACUACUUAACCUGGUAAUCAGUCGUGGUUAAUGAACUAGCUUGAAUGUAUUUGAUUUUAAACUUAAAUUCCAUGUAUACUUUGUUGAAUACAGUGGUGUAAAAGCCAGGUUUUGGACAAUUGUUUGGACACAACUUUGGCAAGAACAUUUACAGCACCAGAAAAGGAGCUCAGGUGAAGAGAUACGUUCGGGUCCCUUUCCACAAACUAUAUUCAGCCCCUCACCGUGGCCCCUUUUUCUGCCCCUUGCCCCUUCUUGUUUCGUGAAGCAAAGCUGCACUGUUGGGAUCAGCAUCCCCUGCACAGACAGCACUGGAUGUGUUGUUCACGUUGUGAACAUUUUCUGGUACAACCCGAAUCUGCAGAUGAAGUGUUAACAGCAGCUCUGUGUCAUGGCCAGCGAGCGUUUAAAGCUCUUUCUGGGCACGUAGAGUGUUUGUUACUCUAAAAAGUUGUAGUAAAUUAUGUAGCUGUUAGAUACGGUAACGUCACAGCUUUCAAAUGCAGCUGGACAAUCGUAACUUUUAUACCAAAAAUAAAAAUAAUUCAUGCUGGUGGCCUUUCAGUGAUGCAGGUGUAACCUGGGUGUGUUUGGUUCAAGCGGCAGCACCGCAGACAGGAGCCCAGGGCCCUUCCCAGCCGCGGGGGUGGCGGCAGCAUUGGUGCCGUGUCCCUCAGCGCUGCGCUGGUGCCACGACACUCAGUGCUGCACGGACCUGUCACAGUGUUCGGGGCGGAUCUCAGCGAUGCGCAGAGCCUGGGGAGCACCAGGGUCUGUUUUGUGGCCCUGCACGUGUGUGUGAGGUUUCCUGACAAAAUUCCCCUCCUUUGUACUGCUUGGCUUGAGCACUCUGCUUCAUGAACACACACACCCCCACACCUAUAACUGGACAAACUGAUUUUUAAAGUAUGUAAGAAUAUUUUUUUAGAUAGUUUUUUUGUUUGUUUGUUUGUUAAAGCCACACUAACUACUGUAUUUUUACCUUUUAUAUGUAAAGCUUGGCAAUAGCUCUCAAUGUAUAAUUUAUUUGUUGUUUUUUUUAUAAAACAAAGUGCACCCUCUUGCUUCUGUUUCACAGCAAUAGCGAUAUAUGAACUGUUGUAGGCACUGCACUGAGGUCUGUAUUGAAACUGAAACUGUGUAUGGGAACAAGAAACUGUGAUUUGUGUCCACCGAAUACAAUCUUGAAAUGUUUGUACUGUAGUUUUGUCUUAAAUACACCACAUCAGUGCAAAA